GGCAGAGCAGAGAGCGGAGCGGAGAGGAGAGGAAUAUCAAGCGUUCACCUUGGCGCGCGCGCGCGCCAAGGUCAGACUCGGGUACGCUCGGGUACUACUCGUCGGAGGAGCUCAGAGUAGGUCCGAGAGAAAGCGGUCCUAGGUCCUAGAGCUGAAUAGGUCGCGAUCGGAGGCUCGCGCCCGCGCAUUUGACGAAAAGAAAAUCGCUCCGUUGCAGAUCGCUCGUCGCGCGUCGAGUAUCAACUGUCACGGGACGCACGGGACGUGCAAACGAGAAAAAUGGAACGCAGAUUCUUCGUUGGUGGUAAUUGGAAGAUGAACGGUACAAAGAGCGAGAUCAACGACAUCGUCGCAUUUCUCAAGACCGGUCCACUCGAUCCCAACGUCGAAGUUGUAGUCGGCGUUCCGUCAAUAUAUCUCUCAUACGUAACCUCCAUUGUCCCCAGCAACGUUAGCGUCAGUGCACAAAACGCAUAUAAGGUUGCUAAAGGAGCGUUUACCGGUGAAAUUAGCCCGGCUAUGCUCUUGGACAAUGGCAUUCCUUGGGUAAUUCUUGGCCACUCUGAGCGUCGAAACGUGUUUGGUGAAACGGACGAAUUAAUUGCUGAGAAAGUUGCACAUGCUUUAGACGCUGGAUUGAAAGUGAUUGCGUGUAUAGGUGAGAAAUUGGAGGAGCGUGAAGCAGAAAAGACCGAGCAAGUAGUUUAUACGCAAACAAAGGCAAUAGCGGAUAAAAUUAAAUGUUGGGACAAUGUGGUUUUGGCUUACGAACCAGUAUGGGCGAUCGGUACGGGUAAAACUGCGACGCCACAGCAAGCGCAACAAGUUCAUGAAAAAUUACGAGAGUGGUUGUCGAAAAAUAUCAAGCCUGAAGUCGCGCAAACUCUGCGAAUUAUUUACGGUGGUUCCGUGACAGCGGCCAAUGCCAAAGACUUGGCAAAAGAGAAGGAUAUCGAUGGAUUUUUAGUUGGUGGAGCAUCAUUGAAGCCAGACUUUGUACAAAUCGUCAAUGCUCGUUGUUAAACGCACAUCAAUGUGUCAUUGGUCAGACAGACAGGCAUUGUAUAAUUUUAACGAGACUAUAUCAGAUGGAAUUAUUCCUAUUAAGAUUACAUGCAACGAGGUGCGCAUUCUUUUCGAAUAUACAUAUAUAAUCUGUAUGUUCCAAAGCGAUGCCACAGUCUUCUCAUCGUUUAUCACAUUUUCUUUCGUGCCAAGUUCUCAAGGUUUUACAUAACUAAAGAUGUUGCUUGUUGCGAGAUGUUGCGUUACUGUCUUAACGAUUGUUGCGUUUGACACAAUUCUUAGCUGUAUUUAUGAUAUUACUGCAAAAAUAUCGUGAAUGAUUAAUGGAGUGUUUAGUGGCCUCUGCUUGUAAGCAGUUCCAUCACAAUUAUCGCCACAAAUUCAAAAAUGCCAUAAGAAGUAAUAAAUAAAUGUAGGAAGAGGAAAAA